AUGUCGAAAAUCGAGGAUGCAGCCGACAGCAUCUUCAACGACAGCUCGCGGACGCUGGCGCCCGAGGCUGUCGCAUCGCAGGUCGCCCUCAUGAGUAUCGUGUCGAUCGUCACCGUUCUUUUGUUCAACCUGCUCAGACCAAAGAAUAAGAUCAUCUACGAACCCAAGGUCAAGUACCACGAAGGAAACAAGCCUCCACCACGCAUAACAAGUCAUCUAUUUGGCUGGCUACCGCCAUUAGCACACACGAAGGAACCUGAACUGCUCGAUAAAAUUGGUCUCGAUGCCGUCGCUUUCCUGCGCUUCAACCGGCUUCUUCGCCAGCUCUUCUCUGGCAUCGUUCUCCUCACUGGCGCCAUUCUCAUUCCCAUUAAUGUCACCUACAACUUGAAAAACGUCGACAAGAAGAGCCGUGACCUCCUCUCCAUGCUCACGAUCCGGGACGUGCAGGGCGACUUCCUUUAUGCCCACGUCGCAACAACCUACCUCAUCACAAUCCUGAUCAUGGGUGUGGUAUGGUACCACUGGACACAGAUGAUCAAGUUGCGCCAUCAAUGGUUCCGCUCCCCCGAAUACCUCCAGUCAUUCUACGCCAGGACGCUUCAAGUAAUCCACGUACCGAAGAAGUACCAGUCCGACAAUGGCCUCAAGGAAAUCUUUGAUCAACUAGGAAUGCCCUACCCCACCACUAGUGUCCAUAUCGGUCGCAAAGUCGGCAAGCUCCCCGAACUUAUCGAGUACCACAACCAAACCGUCCGCGAAUUCGAACAAAUUCUCGUGCGAUACUUGAAAGGCGGGAAGAUCAAGUCCAAGCGUCCAACUAUCCGGAUUGGUGGUAAAUUUGGAUGCGGGGGCGUUACGAAGGAUGCGAUUGACUUCUAUACUGCAAAGCUGAAGCGCACUGAGGCCGCAAUCGAGGAGUACCGCAACCAGAUUGACACCCGCAAGGCCGAGAACUACGGUUUCGCGAGUUUGGCCGCUGUUCCCUACGCCCAUAUCGUUGCCCAGAAGCUCGAGGGCAAGCACCCCAAAGGCACAACAAUCUCGCUGGCACCCAACCCCAAGGAUAUCGUGUGGAGCAACAUGAACAAGACCGAUGGCGAACUCGCAAGGAAAAAGUUGAUCGGUGUCCUCUGGCUCGUCCUAGUCUGCUUCUUCAACACGCUUCCUCUGUUCGUGAUUUCGGCUCUUGCAAACAUGGACGCUCAAUGGUUUGAAUCGUCACCCAAGACCUUUGCUAUCGUUUCUGGUGUGCUCCCCGCGACGGUUUCUGGCAUCUUCGGUUUCUUCCUCCCUAUCGUUAUGCGUUGGUUGACCAAGUACAUGGGCGCUCUGACCUACUCGAGACUUGAUAGAGCUGUCAUUGCGCGCUACUUUGCAUUCCUGAUCAUCUCGCAGUUGAUAAUCUUCACUUUGAUUGGUGUCCUAUUCAACUCGGUGAAGGAGAUCAUCAAGGCGAUUGGCAAGCAGGGCUUGAACCUGAAUGACAUUCUUGCGGAAUUGGACAAAUUGCCUGGCAAGAUCCACACCACCUAUAUCAAUCAGGCUUCGUAUUGGCUGACUUUCUACCCACUCCGUGGUUUCCUUGUUGUCUUCGAUCUCGCCCAGAUCAUCAACCUCGUCUGGCUUUCGUUCAAGACUCAUGUCUUCGGUCGUACCCCUCGAGAUAUCCGAGAGUGGACGCAGCCACCCGAGUUCCAAUAUGCCGUGUACUACUCCAACUUGCUCUUCAUGUCUGCUGUUGGUCUGGUGUUCGCUCCACUUGCUCCCCUUGUCGCCCUGGCAGCCUGCUGCGUCUUCUGGAUGGGUUCUUGGGUCUAUAAAUACCAACUCAUGUUUGUCUAUGUCUCAAAGGUCGAGAGUGGUGGGCGAAUUUGGAACGUCGUUAUCAACCGACUUUUGUUCUGCGUCUUGCUCAUGCAAUCGCUCAUGGUUCUUACCAUCGGUCUGCAGAAGGGAUUCAGGUCCUUGCUCUGGCUCUCUGCUCUCCCUCCCGUCCUAUUCAUCAUCGCCUUCAAGUUCUACAUCAACGCGAAGUUCAUCCCUGCCUUCCGCUACUUCACACCAACCGAGGAAGAAAUCCACAAGGCCAAGGUCCACUCCGAACGUGCUGAUCACAAGGCUAACAAACUCGAGAAGCGCUUCGGUCAUCCCGCUUUGCAUAUGGAGCUGUUCACGCCCAUGUUGCACGCGAAGAUGAUGCCCCUUCUCACUCAGGUGUAUUCUGGCAAGAUCAAGGAGGACAAGGCGCAUUUGGACGAGUAUGGAGGACAGAAGAUGGCUGCUCAGAUCGUCCCUGGUGGUAUCAGGAUCGCUGCUAUCAACCAAGCCGACCUCGAAUACGACCCUGUCAUGUACCAGCGGGACCGUGGCGAACUCGAUUGGGAUCAACGUUCGAUUUCGUCUACGAAUAUGCUCGACACCGCUUCCACGCUCAAUGGCCACUACACAAGCCCCAGCACAUCUAAACUGAACGACUAUCUACAUUAUGGACCUACCAAGGCACAUGGUUCUGAAUUUGAGAUGACGCCUGUGGAUUCUAUGACCGACCUGCUCGAUCCUCGUGUGGCUGGAUAUCACGGCCAAGGAUUCGAUUCCCACAACUCACUCGCCAGACCGCCUUCGCUCUAUCAACAAGGCGGUAACGACUCCGCGCGAGACUUGUACCGACCUCAGGACCGCAGCUACUCGCCUAGUCCCUACUCCGACUCUCAACACACGCUCGUCAACUAUUCCGAAUCUCAACAACAACAUCAAUACCCACCGCAACAUACCCGCCAACCGAGUGGUAACAUGCUGGCUAAUUAUCAGCCCCGGACGCAGUCACCCAGCCCGUACGCUCGUGCUGGCACCCCUCAACAAUACCCCCCUCAACAGCAACACGGCCGGGCAUCACCUGGUCCUAAUCAAGCGUAUCAGUCUGCUCGGACGCCUUCGCCAGGACCUUAUCAGGCUCUUGGAAGGACGUCACCGGGGCCUAAUCAGGCGUAUACGGGAAGGAUGUCUCCAGGACCUAACCAGGCUUAUGGAUAUGGUCAGCAGCAACAGACAUAUCCCCAGCAUGGCCGACAGCCAAGUGGGAAUAUGCUCAAUGCGCCAAUGAACCAGACGCGCUCUCCUUCACCGAUGGGUCAACAGGCCUAUCCUCCGCAACAACACGUGAGGCAGCAAAGUGGGAACAUGCUGCAUCAGAUCAAUACACAGGUGCAUCCACAGCAACAGCAGCAGCAGCACCUAAGAUCACCUAGUGCCGACCUUCUUUCGGCACACGGACAUUCGCCGGUUGGGUCGAGUCCCUCCUCGCCCUCACCGUACUCACCACGUCAACAAGGAGCGUUGAACGCUCGACAGCCACAGAACCAUGCUGGACGUGGUGCAUUUGGCCAUGGACAAGGACAAUAA